AUGCCGUCGAGAAUGUUCACCAACGACGUGCACGCUAAACGAGACGAUCUCGCGAUCCAGCAAGAUGCUGUAGAUGCAGAAGCAGGUAUCGUGACGAAGCUUGAUGUCGUGCCCAUCGCUGUGAAGAGCAGUAGCGGACGCUGCUCCGAUUCUUCAAGCAUCCAAGUUGGUAUGUGA